AUGCGUUCCUUCAUUGUCUUGUGCUUGCUGGCUGUGGCUUGUGCCGAAGAGGGUUACAACUAUCCACCUGCUGGUCAUUCCGGCGGUGCUGCAGCAGCUGCUUCCUAUGCCCCUGCUGCUGGUCAUUCUGGUGGUGCUGGAGCAGCUCCCUAUGCUCCAGCCUCAGGCCCAGCUGGUGUCUCUGGCUAUGCUGGCAACAAUGGCGGUGUCAACUAUAAUGCUCCCUCUUCUUCGUACUCCGCUCCAGCUGAGGUACAAAAAGAAUUCUACACCUUCACUGCUCCCGAGAAUGAGUUCGAUGAUGCCAAUGCUGCCCAACGUCUGGCCGGUAGCAUAAAGCAAGGACUCCGUGUCAUCUUCAUCAAGGGUCCCGAAAACAAAGGUCUCGAAGAUGCCGCCUUGGCUUUGGCCAAACAAGCUGCCCAACAAAAGACAGCCAUCUAUGUGCUCAACAAACAAGCUGACAUCGGAGACUUGGCCAACAAACUUAACUCCAUCAGCAGCAGUGGCAACAACAAACCCGAAGUUCACUUUGUCAAGUAUCGCACUGCUGCUGAUGCUGUCAAUGCCCAGCGUACCAUUCAAGAUCAAUACAAUUCCUUGGGUGGCAAUUCGCACAAUAUCAAUGGUGGUGUGGCUCCUGUCCUCAACUUUGCUUCUCAAGCUCCAGUCCGUGCUGGCGCUGCUCCGCAAGCACCUCAAAACACCUAUUUGCCAUCGACGGUAUUACGCUCUCGUUCCUAA